AUGAACCCCUUUCGACCACGUUUGAAUGCGAAUCAUCGCUUGAACUUGGAACGUGGAACCAAUAUACCCGGCGAAAUGGAGCGUCGCCAGGAGAGAUCGGUGGACGGAUCGGUGGACGAUUCGGUGGAGAGACAGCUGCGACUCACCCCAAGACCGGUGAUUCGAUUGGUGCGGGAUCACCAGAUUGACGUGGAGCGUUUCGUAUUCAACAUGAACAACCUGAUGGAUCUGCAGAGGGAGAACAUGCGCCGCGGUGCCGGCGAUGGAGUCUACGUGUGGAACAUGCGGCCAAUUCUGAACUACAACGGUCAGUUGGGCGAAGGCGACAACGAUCAUUACGGCGAUUUUAAUCUCGAGGUUGAUCAAGAAGAGCUGCAGGGACCGGAUCCACUGGCCUAG